AUGAGCACGACCACGCCCUCACCUAGUCCGGCGCCCGGGCCGAAGGCCUCCCCUCGCUCCAAGCCGUCUCCUUCGCCGACUGCCGGGACAAAGCGCAAGAGAACCACCGGCAACAAAUUAUAUGCUGUCAAGAAGGGGAGCAAACCUGGCAUUUACUACAGCUGGCCUGACUGUCUUGCCCAAAUCACUGGCUUCAAAGGAGCUAUCUUUCAAUCGUUUCUCACCUUCGAAGAUGCCAACGCGUUUCUAUCCGGCGCCAAAGUCCCGUCCGCAAACGCCUCCGCACAUGGCGCGGAAAAUACACGGUUCUAUGGUGUACAACGAGGCCGAGUUCCCGGCGUGUACACGGACUGGACCGCAGCGCAAGACCAGAUCCGCGGGUUUACGCGACCUCGGUACCGGAAGUUUUCGACGCGCGAAGAGGCGGAAGAAUUCGUGAAUGCAGGGAAAGAAGGGGCGCUUGUGUCGCUUGAAUUUGGAGCUCCUGGUAUGACUGCGGAGAACCCCAGGCUUGCAGAUGGUGUGGAAAUCACAGCUGGUGAGGGACCUCUGCCGCCAGGUGCAGAGGAUGGAUUCGAUCCAAAUGUGCUGCUCGACCCAAGCACGGGCAAACUGGUGUACAAGACGGUUGCCAAGAAAGCAGCUACGAAAACGCAGGCCGCAGGGAUCCCGGGAAUGUUGCGGAUAUACACAGAUGGUAGCUCACUACGGAAUGGCACCAAAUUGGCCUCGGCCGGAGUCGGUGUAUACUUUGGACCUGGAGACUCGAGCAGGAAUGUCUCAGAGCCACUGAAGGGAAGCCGACAGACCAACCAACGCGCAGAGCUGACCGCCAUUCUACGAGCCAUUGACAUCGCGCCUCGUCAUCGGGAUGUUACAAUCUUCACCGACAGCCGAUACGCGAUUGACUGUGUGACCGUGUGGUUUGUCAAUUGGCGGCGCAACAACUGGAUGACCAAGGACAGCAAGCCGGUCGAGAAUCGUGACUUGAUCGAGUCGAUUCUGGUCAAGAUUGAGGAGCGUAACGAACUCAAAGUAAAGACAUUGUUUCAGUGGAUCAAGGGACAUAAUCGCGACCCUGGCAAUGAGGCGGCCGAUCGGUUAGCGGUCAAUGGAGCCCACGAAGGAGUGAGGCAAAAAGCAGAGGCAUUGGAAGUCAGUCGGAGGGUGCCUGCAGCGGUGUUUGAAGAUGACUUUUAA